AUGGGUCUCCAGAAGCAAAAGCACACCGAAACAGGGACAAAGUCGUUUUUCACACAGAGGCAGUAUUGUAAUGACGUCACAAGGUACUGCAUGUGCAGCAGCACGUGCAAGGCCCAAGGAGAUGCUGCAGCUGAGGUGCUGAUGCUGGCGGAGCGACGCAAAUUAAGUAAUUGUAAUGCCUUUUGCACCUGCAGCGUCUACCUUAUCAUCACAGAAUUUACUCUCCAGCGCCGGCUGUGGCUGGGAGGGAGGCCCACCUUCUCCAUCCCUGCCUCCCUCCGCCGCAGGUUCCACUGCUCCUGGUGCUGGCACACCUGGCAGUCGCCCCACGUGGUCAUCCUCUUCCACAUGUACCUGGACCGUGCGCAGCGGGCGCGCUCGGUGCGCAUGCGCGUCUUCAAGCAGCUGUGCUACGAGUGCGGCACGGCGCGGCUGGACGAGUCGAGCAUGCUGAAGGAGAACAUCGAGAGCCUGGUGGACAACCUCAUCACCAGCCUGCGCGAGCAGCGCUACGGGGAGAGCGGCGGCCAGUACCGCAUCCACAUGGCCAGCCGCCAAGACAACCGGCGGCACCGCGGAGAGUUCUGCGAGGCCUGCCAGGAGGGCAUCGUGCACUGGAAGCCCAGCGAGAAGCUGCUGGAGGAGGACGUGACCUUCUCCGGUGCCUCCAAGCCACGGGCCCAGGAGGCAUCGGGCUACAACUUCUUCUCCCUUCGCUGGGGCCUCUUCUGGGCCUCACUGGGCCUGCUCAUUGUCUACCUGCAGUUCUCCUUCCGAAGCUCGACCUUCCUGUAG